AUGAAGCCUUCCAGCCAGCCAGUGAUCUCUUUGGACCUAUUACCGUGCAUUCUCAAUCAGAUUGGAUCACCUCCCAUCCUGAGCCUCCCCAAGACUUUGAAGAGUUUUUCAGUGAUCCUUACAGAAAGACACCCUCUCCAGAGAAAUGCAGUAUUUAUAUACAGUGCAUUGGUAUAUAUUGUAAUAUUGCUGGAUUUGGUUUGUCUUUGCAGUGGACCUCUAGGAAAUACCCAAAUUAUCAGUGAAGAAUAUGUUAAAUGGCUCAAGAGCUACUGCGAAGCAUUUUUCUAUGGCUUGACGGUAAAACUCCUACCACCGGUUCCUGUCUCUGCAACGAAGUGCUCUUUUAGAGUCAACGAGAACACACAAAACCUACAAAUACAUGCAGGGCACAUCCUGAAGUUCUUAAAAAAGAAGAAACCUGAAGAUGCCUUCUGUGUUGUGGGAAUAACAAUGAUUGAUCUUUACCCAAGAGACUCCUGGAAUUUUGUCUUCGGACAGGCCUCUUUGACAGAUGGUGUGGGGAUAUUCAGCUUUGCCAGGUAUGGCAGUGAUUUCUACAGUUCACGCUACAAAGGCCAAGUGAAGACACUGCAGGAAAAAUCUUCACAUGACUAUUCCGUUUUUGAUAACUAUUACAUUCCUGAAGUGACUAGUGUUUUACUGCUUCGGUCCUGUAAGACUCUAACCCAUGAGAUUGGACACACAUUUGGAGUUCGACACUGCCAGUGGCUCGCGUGCCUAAUGCAAGGCUCCAACCACUUGGAAGAAGCCGACCGGCGCCCCCUGUAUCUGUGCCCCAUCUGUUUACGCAAGUUGCAGUGUGCUAUUGGCUUCAACAUUAGAGAGAGAUACAAAGCGCUGGUGAGGUGGAUUGAUGAGGAAUCUUCUGGCACCCCUGGAGUUACUCCGAAACAUAGUCGUGAGGAUAAUGUGAAUUUACCCAAACCUGUGGAAGCCUUUAAGGAAUGGAAAGAGUGGAUAAUAAAAUGCCUUGCUGUUGUCCAGAACUAGGCACUUCAAAUAGGAGUAAUUAAAAUAAAGACUUGCACCUUGUACUUUCCUUUGGGUAGAGGACUUCAUUGGAAUAAACUUCACUGACACUGCCCUGUAAUGAAGUAAAACAGAGUAGAAGCACCUCUAAAGCACCUGAACUUGAACUGAGGCUCAUUUUGAAUAAUAAAAUCUCUAAACUCUUUCUCUUCUGCCUUAGUAGCCUGGUCUGUGGCAGCCAGUACAUCACUUCCAUUCUUCAAAUGUAUUUAAAGUCUUCUGAGAGAGCUAGGACUAGCAGAAACUAGUAAGUAAAUGAAUACUGUAAACAUUGCUGUAUAUGUCCCAAGAAAGGAUUUUCAAGGAACCUAAUUUCCAGGGGAUGAUUUCUGCUUAAGUUUUUAGAAAGAGGUGGUCCCCCUGUUAGAUCCAGCCAGAUGGCCUUCUCCAUUCAUGUCCGUUCUCCUUUUCUAUGAACUUUCUGUACCUUCUGGGCUGCCUUACCUCCUGUUUUUCUUUGCUUAGUGUCAGCUUCGCCCUGAAAGAAACAACAGCUUCUGUUGGCUUUUAGCAGCUUAAAAUGUGACCUCUCUAGAAUAUUUACAAAUGAAAAUAAGAGUGGUACUUGUAGUACACCAACCUUUGUAGAACAGGUACAUUGCAAUUGUCAGCUUUACACGACAGUCAUUUGUGAGGGUUCUUGCAAAUAAUUUGUUACAAUGGUCCUUAUGUUUAUGAGUGUUGCACUUUUUCUAUGGGAUUAGAGCAGCUGUUGGGUCCAUUCCCACAAUAAUAUCUUUCUUUCUUCUUUGCAGUAAGUUUACUUGAGUGGGGGAGAGAGUGUGAUGGGGUUACCUGUCGGUGUGCCAAGAAUAGCCAGGAUACCUGUCAGGCUGUGAACAUCAGCUGCAUUUCCACGGUGGGGCUCAGGGUGACAACCUCGAAUGUGACAAACCGUCUCUAGAUCAAUAUGUCCCAGAAAUGGAGACAUUAGAGCAGAUCACUGGACUGAAUGCGGUGAGCAGAGAUCAUUUCCCACUUUCCCAUCUUAACCUUGAGGGCGAAGCUUCAAGGUAGUUUUUAUCACGAACUUUGAAACCUAAAUUCUUUCGCUGUUAUUAUUUAUGCAGUAUGACUUAAACCAUAGUUUGUAACUGAAUGAAUGGAUUCCCUUACAUUCUACUCUACUUGAGUAACCUGAGUCAUUUAGAAAAAUAGAAAAUGUUGGUUUGCGAUUAAAAGUGAUUGGAAAGUGAAUACUUUAUCAUUUAACACUGAGAAGUGAACUCAUGGAGCAUGGACUUUAUGUACAUUCUGGUAUGGGUUUAUUUUCCCGAAUGAUGUAUUUUCCCCAAAUAAUGUAUUUUUGACCAUUGUCCAUUCCGCUCAGUUUUUUUUUUUUUCAUUUUCCUAUAAGGUAAGUGCAGUUUUAGUCCUGUAGGUCAUUGUUACUGUGAUUCAUUUUUUUGUGCUUCCCAGGUAUUUUGUUUUUUUAUGACUUGAACUGUUGUGGCAACCUGGGUCAAGCAAGUGUAUUGGCACUAUUUUU